AUGUCUGAAACUAAAGAAGAAUCAACAUCCAUGUAUCCUCCAACCAACUCUCCACCACAGCCACAGGCAAACAUGCAUUUCCCAGUCCAUUAUCAAGCCACGGCACCUAUGCAAAUGUACCCUUUCCAAAGUCCGUACAUGUACGGACAACAACCUGCCUAUGCAUUCAAUAUGGUCAAUCAAAACCAAAUGAUGUAUCAGAAUAAUGCAGGAGGUAUGCCCACACAAGGAGGCGGCAAUGGUUUCAAUGGAUCAAAGAAGAAGUACGGUAAUAAUAGCAAUAUGGGUUCCAAGACUCAUAAUUAUCAUCAAAAUGCCAACAGUCCUAGUUAUACUCCAACUUAUCAUUCUACUAGUAACAAUAACUUGAAUACUCAUUCAAAGAGAAGCCAUUCUAAUUACAAUAAUAGCACAGACUCGACCGGGACAACUACGCCAAGUUAUGACCCAUUUAGAUUCGACGUCUCUAAAUUGACCGUCACUAAGACAUUGGAAUUCCCAUUAUUUGUAAACGCAAAUCAAAAAGAUUAUAUAAGGGCUAGGUCUAAGAGACGUGAGGUGAGAUUGAAAACUAUAAAUUCUGUCAAGGAAAUAAAUUUGGACAUAAAUGAAGAAGAAAAAAUAACUGAACCACCAAAAGAAGCUGAGAAAAAGGUGGAGCAGAAAUUAGAACCUCAAGUGGAAAUCGUCUCCAAAAAGGAUAAGGCAGAUGAAGUACCUAAGCCAGAAAAAGAAACUGAAACUAAAAAAUCUUCUACUGUCACUAUAGAGAAGGACAAGGCGAAGCGUUCCUCCACCCCUGCAACUCCAAAGCCUGUAUUAGAAGUAGUACCUACCGAAUCAAAGAAAAAGGAAAAGGAAAACCGUACCAAGAAGGAAGAAUCUGAAGUUGCAUUAAAUCUACCUUCUCCUGAAGAGAAAUCAUCCGCAGAUGUAGUAGUACCAACUACUCCAGCGGCUACAAAAGCACCAACUCCAAUGUUAUGGGCUGCAGUUGCCUCAGGUGGUAUCUCUAAAGUAAAACAAGCAAGCUCAUCGUCGAAGAACCUAACCUCCACCAAGGGAGCACCAGCAUCUGUUUCAAAGAGCAGUCGUUCUCCCAAUGCCCUAGCACAAGCUCCACAAAAGAAAGAUAGUAAAUAUGUCCCACCGUCAACAAAAGGUGCAGAAUCUUUAGGUUCCAUUGCUUUAAGAAUGUGUUUUGACCCAGACUUUAUUAAUUACACAUUAAAGACAAAACAAAACUCUAAUGUGGACCGUACGAUUCCAAUUAAAUCUAUCAUUCCAAGAGGUAUUGUUAAUAUGGCCAAUAUUUGUUUCAUGAGUUCUGUUUUGCAGGUGUUAUUAUACUGUAAGCCUUUCAUUGACAUAUUGAACGUUAUUAGUACUAGAAAUAUGUAUUCUAGAGUCGGUGUUUCAUCUUCCAGACUAUUAGAUGCAUGUGUGAAUCUUUAUAAACAGUUUGAUAAGGAAACUGUAGAAGCUCAACAAAAGGAAAUGGAAGAGAGCAAAUCAUUAUCAACUUCAAAUCCAACUUCGGCUCCAAGUUCUGCGUCGUCCUCUGUUUCGUCUUCUUCAAUGGGAUCUCUCGUUUCUGCUUCUAAUGCUACACCUCCUCCCCAACAAUCAAAGGAAAAGACAAAGCAACUAGAUGGACAAACUUCUGCCACAUCAGAAACUGGUAUCACAACAUCUCUACCUGCUAUUAAACCUGAUGAUUUUUACAAAAUUUUAUCCACAAUUCCUAAAUUUAGAGAUUUGCAAUGGGGCCGUCAAGAAGAUGCAGAAGAAUUCUUAACUCAUUUAUUAGAUCAACUACACGAAGAAUUGGUUUCAUCUAUUGAUUGUUUGACUGAUAACGAAAUUCAAAACUUAUUACAAAGUAUUAAUGAUGAAUCAUUGAAAAUAUUUAUCGUAAGAAAUUUACCACGCUAUAAGAAGGCGGACUUUAUUACUAAUAUAUCUCCGAAAUUAAAGGAGUUGAUUAACAAAUAUGGUGCUGCAAAUGAUGACACAUCCAGUGACAAUGAAUGGUUUGAAGUUAGUGGUAGUAGCAAAAAGGGUAAGAAAAAUAAGACCGCUGCAAAGAGAACUGUGGAAGUUAUUCCAUCACCAAUUUCUAACCUAUUUGGUGGCCAAUUCCGUUCGGUAUUGGAUAUUCCAAAUAAUAAAGAAUCUCAGUCGAUCACUUUAGAUCCAUUCCAAACUAUACAAUUAGACAUUUCAGAUCCUAAAGUUAAUGAUCUUGAAAGUGCCUUCAAACAGUUUAGUGAGUAUGAAUUAUUACCAUUUAGAACAUCGAAUGGCACCGACGUUGAAGCCAAGAAGCAAACCUUUAUUGAUAAAUUGCCACGAGUAUUAUUAAUUCAAUUGAAACGUUUUGCAUUUGUUACAAACAGUAAUAAAGAUAGUAACAUGUCUAACUAUAAUGCAUACAGCGGGCGUAUUGAAAAGAUUCGCAAGAAGAUUAUUUAUGGUCAUGAUCUGACAAUACCUAUCGAAUCUGUCUCAUCCACUUCAUUGAGAGAUGAUGCCAAUAGGGAAUAUAAGCUAACUGGGGUUAUUUAUCAUCAUGGUAGUAGCCCAGAUGGUGGUCAUUACACGGCUGAUGUCUUUCAUCAACAGACCAAUAAAUGGUAUAGAAUCGACGAUGUCAAUAUCAGUGAAUUGAAAAAUGAUCAUGUUCUGGACGCAGAUGAUAAUGAUAUGGGAACCAGAACAGCUUAUAUCUUAAUAUAUGAAAAGAAAAACUAA